AUGGAGAUUUCAAAGCCCAAGUUGAAAGUGCUGAAAAAACGUCGCUCCAGUCUUUUUGUGACCAUAAAACGGGAGAUGAGUUUUACAAAAAGCCUUGAUGACCAAGAAUGUGAAUUCCCCUUUUCACAGGACAGCUCUGUGAAAGCGUGGACAUCUAUGGACAACCUUGAUGCACCUGAUGAGAAAAAAAAUACAAGACAAAAUCAGAAAAUAUCAGUACCAAACCCAAGGAAAUCAAACAUUGUCAACCUUAAUGUUGGUGGAAAGGUGUUUCAUAUCCCGAAGCAUUUGGUCCUUAAACACCCAAAAACCAGGAUUGGAGUCCUUGUCCUCUGUAUUAAUCCGGUCAAGCGUCUGACACUCUGUGACGAUUACAAUGUUCAGAUUGACGAGUUCUUUUUUGACAGGGACCCCAUGUUUUUCCACUACAUCUUCCACUUCUAUUGCAGUAAUGUCCUGUGGGUCAUGGAUAGUCUCUGCCCGGUCAACUUUGAGCAAGAAAUGUCAUUCUGGGGUUUGAAACUGAAGGACACUCCAAGGUGCUGCCGCAUUCUGUUUGAGGAGAAAGUGGACGACAUCAGAGACCAACUGAAGGUGAACCAGGAGUUGAUUGAUGAGAUCAAACCUCACCAGGAUGGAGAGGGAUACAAGGCCAUGUUUCUUGGAAACCUUCGGAAGAUCCUCUGGGACUUGAUGGAGAAUCCUUACUCCUCACUGUCAGCCAAAGCCUUUGCUGUGUUUUCCAGUCUCUUUGUGCUCAUCUCUAUUGUUGCCAUGACAAUGAAUACAGUAAAUGAACUCAGGCAGUACAAAAUUGCUGGCAAAACCUACAUGGAGUGGAUAGAGAUAUCAUCCAUCCUUUUCUUUACCUUGGAGUACUUUCUGCGGUUAUUGACAACAUCCAACAUCAGACAUUUUGUGAGGAGUGGCCUCAACUUUGUUGAUGUGGUGGCUGUGAUGCCCUACUUCCUCCAGAUCAUGUUUGAGACAUUUGUUAUGGAUUCAGAAGAUGUCGGUGCAAAGGAAGAUUUGAAGGCUAUGGCAAGGGUCAGUAAAAUCAGUAAGGUGCUCAAGGUUGUCAAGUUGAUGCGCAUCUUCCGUAUCUUGAAGCUGGCCCGUCACUCCACAGGCAUGAGGGCGUUUGGCUUUACCAUCCGACAGUGCUCUGAACAGGUAUGCUGUUUGUUUCUGUUCAUUGCCAUGGGCAUCUUCACCUUCUCUGCUCUGAUGCACUCUGUGGAGAUGGAUCAGCCUGGGACACCAUUCAGCAGCAUACCAGAUGCCUGGUGGUGGGCUGCGGUGAGUAUCUCCACUGUGGGCUAUGGAGACGUCGUCCCUAUCUCCUAUCUUGGCCGCUGUGUGGCGUUCGGCUGCAUCUCUUUCGGCAUCAUCCUCAAUGGAAUGCCCAUCUCCAUCCUGUUCAACAAGUUUUCUGACUAUUACGCAAAACUGAAGGAACAGGAAUACACAGUUUCAAACACUGAGCGCACCUUCGAGCUCAAGAAACGUCUGAGGCGUAAGUUUGACAACUGCUUUGAACCCCGUAUCGAGGAGUCUGAUGAUGAGAUACACUAUCGGCCCAGUGGCAGGCAAACUAUCCACGAAAGCGAAGAUUUAGUUCCCCACUAGCUGCGAUCUCGCUCACCCUAAAUGGCCUUAUCACCCAAGGGUCUGGAUACUGUAGGACCCCAUCUGCCUACGGGAUUUAAGAUAAACAAUCUAGGGGAGGGGAGAAUGAAGGCAGCAGCAAGUUGAGUUAAGCUUUAAGCUUCUGCUUUACAGUAGGUGCUGUUUGCACGCUAUGGGUGAUGACUCCUCUGUCAAAUGGACAAGAUGCUCUCAUUGGACAGCUUGUUGUCUGUUCCAAGAAUUGCUCUCGGCCACAAGUAAUUCCGACGAAACAGAAAUAGAUGUUUGACACAUGGAGGUCAAGUAGUACAAUUAUUAAAGAGGCAAUGUCAAUAACUUUAAUAUGAGUGUGUUACAUCUAGAGAACUGUUCGCAUUGGAAGUGCAAUUAAUGAAAAUUUUUGGACAACUACAUGGUCUCUUACAAUUUAAUUUAAUUUGUAUUCUUGACGCUCUAUACAAAAAACAGUUUAACUUUCUUUUGAAUACCAACCAUUUUAAACACCAUGGUCAAUUGUUGUCAUUUUCUUCCACUUUUUUGAUGUAAGGAAACACAGUGAAAGUCCUUCAGAUUGACAUGCUCCUGAGACAUAUAUAACUUCGCCAGUGCAAAGCUCUUCCAUGUGCCAUGCUUCAUGUGUCAGCUUUCUCUCUGUCCAGUCACUCAGCCUGCUCUUGACGUCACCUAACUGGGAAAAAAGGUACGGCAGGCGAUGUGUCUGGAGCGAUCAAGACCAUAGGUGUAAUUUUGUUGUCAAGGAUUACCGGGAUUUGCGCUUGCGCCUCCUGCCUGUUAAGACAAGGGCAGAAGUCAAUCAUGUACUGUGCUAUUUUGGUGGCACAGAUAAUCUGAUCAGGUGUGCACAAUCAAGUUCUGUUUGAUUGAUGGCAGAUCAAUUUGAUGAAGCAGGAAUUAAAAACAUUACUUUUCAUGCUAGUUACAUGGGCAGAGGCAUUUAUAUACAACAUACAGCAGAGAUCCCAGCAGGGGAGUGAAGAACUGAGCUCUCUGUUCUUGUCGAUGUCAGGACCAAGCAUGGCCAUGUCCUCUAGUCAAACCGUCCUUGCAGCGUCCUGCUGGUUGUGGCUAAGUUUGUUAAACCAGCUCAUGUCCUGGGCACCAUACCAGAGAGCUAUUUGUGAUCUCAUCCAAACAUAUUUAACGAGCCAUAUUGGCAACUUACUUAAUACAGUUUUCUCUUGAAGAAAGUUUUUCUAGUAGAUCUGCUUGUGACCGUUCUGAUGGCUUUUGGACAAGUGGACUCAUUGAAGGGAACAUGACUGAUUUCAUGACUGAUACCAGCCCCUACUAUACAACACCCGCUGAUUCACACUACUUUUCCAACUUUACUGAAGAUGUGUUGUGUCUCUGGUCAUGGUGAAACAGCCUGUACCUCCACUGAUCACCCCUGAUUUACAAGGGCAAAGCCCUGUGAAGCAUUUGACCUCGACUAGGAACACAUUUACUGUAUAUUUACAAAGACUAUUGUAUGUUCAAUGUGUUCAGGGAGGAAUCAUCAGAAUAUCAUAACUAUAGUGCUUCCUUGUUUUCCGAGUUGUCUGCAUGCAGUGCACUUUGUCCACUAGUGUGUCAAAUCUACAUAGACAUUUCUUCUGUUUUACAAUACAGACACACAAUUGAAUUAUCAGGAGCAAUUUGACAGUUAUUGUGCAUGAACAUGUGUAACUGUAUGAAUAUGGUAAAAAUUACAUUGUGCAAACAAAAGGUCCCAUAAGAAGGACACAAUAUGUAUGAUAUGUAUUUCACUUUAAAGACAUCUUUAGUUAUUUCUUUAAGUUUUUUAUUUCUAGACUUGUAUUCCUUUUAAAUAAUUAGAGUCCAAUGUAUUACUCAGUCGAUAUAUAGAAACAAUAAAUGUUCCAUGUGCAAAUUC